CCUGCGAACUGUUAGCUUGUUGUGCGCAUGCGCUCAUGAACUGUCAAAACAGUGAAUUAACCUAACAAUUAAAAUGUUAAUUAAUAAAAACACAACAAUCAUCGGCCAAAAAACUAUUCUAGUGCCUUAUAAAGUGGAACACGUGCAAAAAUACCACAACUGGAUGCAGUCUGAAGAACUUCAAAAACUCACAGCUUCAGAGCCCCUCACGUUAGACGAAGAAUACCAAAUGCAAAAAUCGUGGAUGAUGGACGAAAACAAGUGUACUUUCAUUAUUCUCGAUAAAGACAAAUUUGAAAACACUAGGAACGAAAUCGAAUCCAUGAUCGGGGAUACAAAUUUAUUUUUUGCAAAUGCAGAAGAUCGACUUUGUGCUGAGGCUGAAAUAAUGGUAGCAGAACCUUGGGCUAGAGGCAAAAAGUGCGGUUCAGAAGCGAUGUUUUUGAUGUUUCUCUACGGCGUUGAAACGUUGGGUGUGAAACAGUUCGUUGUGAAGAUAGGGGAUGAUAAUGACAUAAGUAUACACAUGUUUAGGAACUGUGGAUUUGUGGAGGUCAGCCGGAGUAGUGUCUUUAAUGAAAUUACUUUCAGUAAAAUUGUGGAUGGUGAAUGGAUAAUGUGGUUAAAGCAGAAUGUUGGAGGUUAUGAAGUUGUAAGCGAUUUGAAAUAGUCAGAUUUAACACUCCAGAAAUGAAAUGUUUGAAUUACAAACAGUAAACAAAGAUAGUUAUUU